AGCUCAAGUGCUCGGCGGACAAACUAAGAAAAGCACUUGCUGAACCUGUGGAGUCUCUAUUUGAUGAUGCAGACCAAACAACCUAGCAAUCAAUAAGAAACAUUUACAAAUGUGAGACAAAGGCCAUCCUACCAGAGUUUCUGAAUAACCUUUGUCAGUUUGAAAUGGAAUACGCUCCAGCAGAAGAAAUGGUAUCCAAAUUAAAGGAUUAUGCCCGGAGUGUUGUGGAAAGUAAAGCUAAAGAGGAAUCUAGCAAAGUAUUGAUCCAUAUGAAGGAGAGGUUCACAACAGUGUUUAGCCAUGACAAGGAUUCAAUUUCAAGGGUCUGGACAGGAAAGGAAGAUGUUCGUGCAAUAGCAAAGGAAGCUCGAUCUGCGGCUCUCAAACUUCUGUCUGUAAUGGCGGCCAUUCGCUGGGAUGACGAGCCAGAUAGGAUUGAAAGCAUCCUCACUUCAACACUUCUGGAAGGCUCUGUUGUAUCAAAGAUUGCAAGUGCUGCUUCUGCUGAUCCACUUGCUUCUACCACUUGGGAAGAGAUUCCUCCAAAGCAUACAAUGAUUACCCCGUCUCAGUGCAAGUCACUGUGGAAACAAUUUAAAGCAGAAACUGAGUUCACGAUUACAAGCAGUAUCCACACAGCAAGCUCACAUGCGCGGUAAUAGUAAACUGCCUCC